GCAUCGCCGGGGACUGGCCCAUCCGGGCCCUCUCCCACAGUAGUGUCCCCACAGGGACCCACUUUUCACUCCCCGGACAGCGGGGUACCUGAGCUCCCUUCUCACCCCGGAGUGGCAUUCCUGCAGCCGGCGUAGGCUCCACCGCCUCGGCUCUCCCAGGAUGGCUCCCCGCGGGAGGAAGCGCGGAGCCCAGCAGCCGGCGGCGGCCGAGGCACCGGAGACAGCGGGAGCUCCGCAGAAGCGGGCGCGGGCCCAAGCCCAAGACGAGUGCAGCCCCGGGGACAUCGGCCCCCGUGUCGUCAUCGAGCACUGCAAGAGCUGACGCGUGUUCGGGCGGAACGCGGCGGCGGUGAGCGCGGCCCUGCGCGGGGCCAUGGCGCACCUCCCCGUGGACAUCAACCCCCGGCCGCCGCGCAGGAACAGCUUCGAGGUGUCCCUGGUGAAGGAGGACGGCAGCACCGUGGAGCUGUGGAGCGGUAUCGGGAAGGGGCCCCCCCGCAAGCUGAAGUUUCCCCAGCCGGAGACAGUAGUGGAAGCCCUGAAGAGCAGCUUGGCAUAGAGGUGUUGGCCAGCCAAGCCAGGAUCGGCACAGGCGGCAUGAGCGUCCAUGAAGAGGCGAGACCAAGUGGGGGGCACCCACCUGCCCCAGUCCCGUCCCUGAUGUUGCAGCUCUGCCACUGCCAGACCCCUGGCUCCCUCCACACCCCGUUGUCCCCCCAAUCUCCAAUAAAGUUUAGUACUCCACAGCA